CCGGCCGGCCCGCGGGCCGGGGUACCCCCGCGCUUGCGCCCGCUCCGCCGUGGCCGGUUCACAGAGUCCGCCUCGCGCGGUUCCCGCCGCCGCCGGAGAGCAGGCGGGCGGGCAUGGCCCAGCCGCCGGCGCCGCCGCGCUGCCUCCUCCCGGCCACCACCAGCCCGCCCGCCGCGCCGCACAAAGAGCCCAGGCCCGAUUCGCUUAAAGGCGGCAGCCUGAGAACGCUUUAAGUUUUAGGUCACGUUGUGUACUUCUGGCUCAGAGUAAAAUCAUGCUUUUCUAAAACUGAAUUUACCAUCAUGAAGGAUUUCAUCAAAUGCAUUUCCAUCAACUUGGCUUGGUGGAUCUAUAAAGAAACCAGCUGAUAGGAGAGGGAGGGGAGGAGCCCAGCUGCAAGGUACGUGUGGCCAAGAACCAUGUCUACACGGGAGUCCUUUAACCCGGAAAGUUAUGAAUUGGACAAGAGCUUCCGGCUAACCAGAUUCACUGAACUGAAGGGUACUGGCUGCAAAGUGCCCCAAGAUGUCCUGCAGAAAUUGCUGGAAUCCUUACAAGAGAACCACUUCCAAGAAGAUGAGCAGUUUCUGGGGGCAGUUAUGCCAAGGCUUGGCAUUGGAAUGGAUACUUGUGUCAUUCCUUUGAGGCAUGGCGGUCUUUCCUUGGUUCAAACCACGGAUUACAUUUAUCCUAUCGUUGAUGACCCUUAUAUGAUGGGCAGGAUAGCAUGUGCCAAUGUCCUCAGUGACCUCUAUGCAAUGGGGGUCACAGAAUGUGACAAUAUGCUGAUGCUCCUUGGAAUCAGCAAUAAAAUGACCGACAGGGAAAGGGAUAAAGUGAUGCCCCUAAUUAUACAGGGUUUUAAAGAUGCAGCAGAGGAGGCAGGAACGUCUGUAACAGGUGGCCAAACAGUGUUAAAUCCCUGGAUUGUUUUGGGUGGAGUGGCUACAACUGUCUGCCAGCCCAAUGAAUUUAUCAUGCCAGAUAAUGCAGUGCCAGGGGAUGUGCUUGUGCUGACGAAACCUCUGGGAACACAAGUGGCUGUGGCCGUACACCAGUGGCUGGACAUUCCUGAAAAAUGGAAUAAAAUUAAACUAGUGGUCACCCAAGAAGAUGUAGAGUUGGCAUACCAGGAGGCGAUGAUGAAUAUGGCAAGACUCAACAGAACAGCUGCAGGACUCAUGCACACGUUCAACGCCCAUGCUGCCACUGACAUCACAGGCUUUGGGAUUUUGGGUCAUGCACAGAACCUGGCUAAGCAGCAGAGGAAUGAGGUGUCCUUUGUGAUUCACAACCUUCCUGUCCUGGCCAAGAUGGCUGCUGUGAGCAAGGCUUGCGGAAACAUGUUUGGCCUCAUGCAUGGGACCUGCCCUGAGACAUCAGGAGGCCUUCUUAUCUGUUUACCACGUGAGCAGGCGGCUCGGUUCUGUGCAGAGAUAAAGUCCCCCAAAUAUGGGGAAGGUCACCAAGCAUGGAUUAUUGGCAUCGUAGAAAAGGGCAAUCGCACAGCCAGGAUCAUAGACAAGCCCCGGAUCAUCGAAGUGGCACCACAAGUGGGCACUCAAAAUGUGAAUCCCACACCUGGUGCCACUUCUUAAUCUAGACAGAAAUUACUAUUUGGUUUUGUUUUUAAAUAGAUCUAUUUCCUUUUUCAUCAAUUCAAUUAAAGACUAUAAACAACAAAAUCUCAUUGUGUCUACACAUAUGGUGACCUUAGGUCAAUUUGUGAAUGGAUGCAAUUAAUAAAAUAAAAAACAUUAACUUUUUUUCCUGUUACAUUAACUGAAGAUGCACCUAAUUUUGAGGCAGCUUCUGAGUUGAGACUUAUAUUGUUAUCCAAUACUGUUGAUUCAUUUUGAAUCUUUAGACACUUAUCUCUUGCCGCAUAGGCUCUUUUUAAAGGUGCUUUCACACAGCACAGACAUUACCAAUUGUAGUGUCAAAUAGCAGUUAGUACCUUUUCAUUUUAUGUGUAUUUAUCAUUAUCGGUCUGAUUUUUUUUAAGUGUCUAAAAUGGUAUUCUGGAAAGACAAUUGGUAAGUGACACAGUGGUAUCCCUAUAGUGAGAGGGUUGCAUGAUUCCUUCCCAGUCUUUGAUUUGUAAAGCCAAGUCUUCAAAGUCAAGAGCAUCUCUUUGAUCCUGUUCAUUUCCCAAUACUGCACUCAGUUAAACAAGGCAAGUGCUUAACUCUGCAUGGAAAGCACUUUGAAGACAAGACAUUUUUUUUGUAGCCUUCCUAAUAUUUACAGUAAUACCAACUUUUCUUUAUUGAUAGCAAAAGAUACUUUUUGCAAUGUAAUUAGAUGUUCUAUAGUGCAACAAGGAAUUGCCUUCCAAAAGGGGGUUCAUGUAUAAUAGUCAUUUACAAUUCAAUAUAUAAUUAAUGACACAAAUAAUUUUUAAAUAUAAUCAAUAAUAAAAACUGUUCUGUGGAUGGUAGUGUUUAAUACAUUUUAUAUUUUGUAUAGUGAUUUCAGGCCUUUUGUUUUCUUAAAAAUCAACUAUUUAGCCUAAUUCUUAGCAUUAUUUUGUCCUUUGCGUAAGUACUUUUUUGUGCACGCUUUUUGUGAUCUGUGUUAAAAAGCUGCAUUGUCAACACUGCAGCUCAACCUUAAACUUGUUAUUCAAAUAAAUAUUUAAUUUUUUUUAUUGCUAUUGUAUAAUCAGAUGCCCCUUUUAGUGUUAUUUUAGAAGCAUUGGGAGGGUUUUGGCUAAAAUACAAUUUAUUGGGGAAAACUAGAUUUUAGUUUUAUAAAACUUUCAAGUCUUUCAUGGGACCUAUAUUUUCUUGAAUUAAAUUUUGUAGUUCUAGAAUAAAUAGGUGAUCUAAAAGGGUGUUUAUCUGUGUUACUUAAAAACAGAGGCUUCCUUACCUUUUAACCUACUAAACGAUUAGGAGGGAUCCUGUCCUUAAGCACAAGUGCACUGACUCAAGUGUCUGCCUAAGAGAAAAGCACCACAUCACUCCAAGUUUCUGAACGCUUCCCGCUUACAGGCACCAAAGCCAAGUGAACAGAUGACCUUGCCAAAGGAAGCCACUCAGUUUGAGAACUCGGAGAUGAAGCCACUGGAAGAGGCUUUGCCUCGGAUGCAGCCUCCUUCAGGAGCCAAAGGGUAGCCUUCCGCCUGUGACUGGAGUUCAAGCCACAAGGUCGGUGUGCAGGACCUGGGAGGCUGCAACAGAACUGAAAGUGACUGGACAUUUGAUAGGGAUUUAUGCAGAUGUUGAUUCUCAAAAGCCACAAACCAGUGGUCUACAAAAUAAAAUGUGUUGGAACCCUCUGAGUAAAAUGAA